GAGUGGCGCCUCAGUCAACGCAGCUGCAUUCACGCAUGUGGCCAAGGAACUGGUGUGCUGUGUGUUGCUGUGCGAUCCCGGUUGUCGGAGUGUUAUUGUUGUUUUCGUAGGAUCUGUUCCCGCAAUCGAGAGAUUAUAAGCACAUUGGAACAUGUAGCGCAUUCUCCCUGUGGAAAGCGGCAGUUUGUGCAGUUGCGUUGUGCAUUUGUUAACGGUGUGGUUUGAAUCCAUCGCGCGCGCACUGUGGAUUGCGCCUUCCUAACCAGAAUUCGAUUGUGGAUACAUGAAGACCAGGUGUUGGUGUGUCGUCCGGCUCGUGCGCACUCACUGCGUGCGUUGUGUAAAACCUCGAUAAACAGACGUCAUCAGUUGCAUUAGUGGCCAAAGAUAAGGUGGCUGGAAUGCACCGACAGAAGCUUUUAUCACCAACGGAUAAUUAAAUGGAUCCCGGACCGUCUUCGGGCCCCGUUGAUGACGGGUUGUCCAAAGCUUCUGGACCUAAGGUUCCACCACGUCGCAACGGUUCUCGAGCGAAAAAGGGAACCUCGUCGGGGAGUUCUCAAGCGGCUGUUGUGGCAUCGCAACCCAUGGCUGGGGACGACUGCGCCAUCAAUGACCUUCUCGAGGGACGCACCGACCUUUGUCUCGUGCUGCCUGAUCACCGACACAUCAUAGUCAACGUCGAGAGGAGGACACCAGUAAUGGACCUACUGGUACAGGUUGCCACAGCUAACAAGAUAAACCCAAGCAAUCAUGUGAUCCAAGUCUCCAAUGACCGAGGAUAUGUCUGCAAGCCCAAUACCCCGGUGGGAUCAUUGGAUGUCAAAGAGCUUUACAUCAUUCCAAAGGUCUCGCACACAAGCAGUGACCUUACGCAUAAACGACUGCCUAAACGUGCUCCUCAACCAUUUGAGCCAACAUUUCGGUUACAAGUCCGCCUUCCGAAAAACCAGCUGAUGGUACUACGGGUAAACCUUGGCACGACCUUGGCACAGGUGAAGCAAACAGCAUGUGAAGAGAAGGGCCUGGACCCUCAGGGAUAUCAGCUGGUGGCUAUAGGACGUCUGCCUGUAGCUGCCCUAGACCUUGCGCUGACACUGGAACAGUAUGGAUCCACUGAAGUUGGCCUCAUGUCAAACAGAGCCCUCGCAGCAAGUAUCCAGAACACUGCAACAGACCUGAUCAGCUAUUCCAUGAACAAGGAGUGCAAAAAAGGGAUCAUUAGCCUUCUCACACACCACCGCAGCAAAGGGAGCCUGACGGGAUCGAGCAGUGACGGCGUAAGCAGCCGUGGGACAUCCCCAGUACGCAUGGAUCCCCUGUGCCAAACAAUCGCUCCCAACCCUCCCACUGCUCCUAGCCGUACUUCAACAAAGAAGCGUCCAGCUCCACCACCCCCGGUUGCAAACCAGGUACCCGAGGAACCCCAGGUGAAAGCAGUGGCUGGCAGCAGCAAAGGAGAACAGCAGGAGUCCAUUCGAACCCAUUCGCGGCAAAGCUCAGAUUCCAGUGGCUACCACGAAGCCUCCGUGCUCAGUGACUUACCAGAAACACCUUCUCCCGAGGCUGUCUGCAACAGCAGUGGUGCGUGUAGCCUGGACAGCCCCCCUCAGAGCCUUGAAGUAGCCAGGCCGAGAAGAGGGCCCCGGAAAGCUCGACCAAGUAGCAUGGCAUCGGAUGCCUCUUCUGGUAAAAAGCGCCGAGCACCACCACCACCUCCUCCUCCUUCAACCUCCACAUCUUCUAGUGCAGAAUCAGAUGGAGCAGUUGUCCCAGGAACAAGUCCUACAGUAUUCCUAGAUUUGGAUUCUGCCGCUGCCUUGAGAUGCGCAAAUGAGGAAGGACCAGAAGAGUGCUCAGAAAAUGACUCGGUCCUGUCGACUCCAAAAGGUGACUUUGAAUGUGGACGACUGGUGUUUCGGGGCUCUACUAACCCAACACCACGACCCAGACUAACACUCCGGCACAAGAAAGGUCAGUCCAGUGUGCAGGCAGAGACGUAUGGUGAACCAGAAGAUGCAGCCGAUGACAGAAAAGUGCCAAGCGACACUAACAUUAUUCCCGACGAAGCCAGUACAGUUUCACAGCUGUCAUGGGAGUACAACAUUCCAGAACCACCUUCUCCAUUUCGCACCUGCGCUCCAAACAACUUUGAUCCUGACAGUGCAUCAGACGUAAAAGCAGAGAAUGAAUUGAAAGAAGGGAGUGACACUAGUCCCGUGCCCGCCGAACAGAGUGGGGUUUUUAAUACGGAUACAGGUACACAGGAAGACUGUAUUGGGAACAUUGAGAAUGAAAAAAAUGUUUGUGCUGUGACAGAAGUGAGCUCAACAGUGCCCAGUUCUAAUGAACCACCAUGCACUGUGCUUGAAAACUCCAAUGGAACGCUAAACUCCUUCGGUGCUCCAUUCAUUUGCGAGUUGUCGGAAAGUGGUCAACACGCAGAGGUCUCCCAAGAACCCGAGAGCAGUAAAGAUGGAGAGGAUAUCCACAAGUUACGUCCGAUCGAAGACCUGAGCGGAAAAUUUUGUGUCGAAGAAGAGAUCUCCGAAGAAGUACCUGCGAGGGCAGAGGACAAAUCUAGCAGGGCACCCGAAACAAAGGAUGUGGUGACUUCAAGUCCCGUGUUGGGUCGUGAUGAUUUUGCUGAGCGCUUGCCAGACAGUGUCGUGAAAAGUGGAAAAGAUGCGCAGGAAGCUGGAAAGGAGCAUGGAGAGCCAUUUUGUGUGACCACCACAACACCGCAGGUAUUGGAGCACAGCCGCGGUGAGUCGGAACAAGCGGAAAACGCUCAAUCUGUCGGACACGUCGAGAAACAAUUGGAGCCACUUUCUCGGAGCCACAGCGUGAACUAUGGGCCAAUUUCUUUCUCGAUCGGCUCGUACGGAUCGUACAAAACGGAAGCUGUCGACGACAUCUUUUCCGUUGAGCCAGGAAAAGCACCGAUGGAUCGGUUUAAGAACAUUAAGGUAGCCAGCUCCCCACGUGUGAGCACCGUCGAAGAAAAAGUCACGGUGACCAUUAAUAACUGUCCCGAAGCUCCCGAAAAAUGUAAGGCGACUGCGCGGUUGUCACCGGAGAAAACGAAAGCAGAAGACUGUCCCACCUUGGCAAGUUCUCAGGUUCUCACAGUUGCAAUAGGUAAAGAAGCUAUGGAUGAUAGGCUUCUGGGGAAGGAAUGCACGAAUCAGCCAACACUUGCAAGAGCAUCAUCCCUGUUGGACCUGAGAGACUCGGCAUCGAACAACGGUAAACCGAGGGAGCAAGGUGGCCUCGCCGAUGAAAAGGACGUUCUUUUGACCGAAUAUGCAAAACUUCAGCUUCAGUUUGUUGCUUGGCAGCAGCAACUAGCUUGCAACCAGAAUUUGCUGGAAAAUAAGAAGAUAGUACCAUGCAUGAGCAGCACCGCUCUUAACGGCAGCCCUGAAAGAUCAAAGAGUACUUGCGAAGCCGGUGCAACACUUCCCAGGUCCAAACCUUCCCGUCCACUAAGUUUAGUAGUACAGCCUAGUCGACUUCCUUUAUCUGGAGCGUCUCCACCGAAAGUACAGUUUGGAUCGUGGAAAGAACACAGAGACGACAGUGCUUUCACAACUCUCGGGUCCGAGGACGGCUUGUCUUCAACUUUGGUGAAGUCUCACCAGAAACGUGGAGCACCUGUUGGUGACGUUGGCUCGAAGGCGAAACAAGCUGACAGCCCAGUGAAGCCAAAGACCCUUCCACCACUUAGCAAGGCUGAUCCGAAGCCUGUUUUCAAAAGGCCAAUGGGAGUUUUAAGUUCUGCUCCAACCGUCCGAGGAUUUUCGCAAGAAUCUGUGUCAAAGAUUGUCGAGGAGAUGGCGCACACCAGAAAAGAUAGCCUAAAUGGAAGAACGGUGAUUCCGAGCCCUUCGGUGCCUGAUGCGCAUGUCCAGAUGAGAAAAUCGGUACAAAAUAUUUUAACGUCUGAUGUUUCGGGGCAGAACAAUGCUGUAGUACACUCUAAACCAUUACAGGAAUGUGCUAAAAGCACCAGAAGUCUUUCAUCUGUAAAGGAGAAUGAUGUGAAGCGCACAUUGCAUGAUGAAAUAACGAAAUGUUCACGAUUACCUAGUGCGACGACAUCAGAUGCCAACAAACCAAGUGUCGUAAGAGCCACACUCAAGUCGGGGAUGCCUCCUAUCAAACAGCAGAUGAAUAACCACAUUGAGGACGACAAGAGGACUACAAAUGGUCAAGUGAAGGAAGCAGCCAAUAAAGGGAAAAUGUUGAGUCCUCCAGCAGCAGACCCAAGGGAGGUGCUCAUGAACGAGAUAAGAAGUUUCGGAGGAAAGACUUCGCUGAAAAAGGUAUCCACAGAGCCAGCGUGGCAGCUGAACAUCUGUAAUGUCCGGCCAGCUCCUGUGUAGCGUACAACAUGUGAACUACAAGAGGUGCCAUUUAGUCUGUUACAGUUGCGCUACUACAAAUAGUCACUUUAGAGGGCCCCCUGUAACAAUGCAUAGGUAUAUUUUGUGAUUUCUUAUAGUAUGCUACUAUAUUCGUUGGACAUGAAUUCAGUGUGGAAAAGAGCUGAGGAGCAUCAGUAUGGUGUGUGUGCUCCAAAUUCCAACUCGUGAGACUGAGUAAUAUAGUAACUGACAUAAUGAAUGUUGAUCACUGCUUUCGCAGACAAUGUUUUUGCAGGGAAUUAGGGAUUUUAUUAAUGGGUGCAGCAUUGCGGUGCCUUGAAGGGAUGCCAUUGGUGCCGUCUGUGUACAUAAAAUCGAAGGAUUGUAGAUCAUAUGGGUGGUAUUUAAGAGUGAACAUGAGCGCACAUAUAAUUUUAAAUCCCUCUCUGUCCUUUCUUCUGGGAUCGUAUGAGGAGCACACAAUCGUUUUUAAGCCUGUCGUGUUCUGUGACGAAGCCCGAGAGCACCUUGAUGGUGUACGGUCGGAAUUUGUCAGGUUUAAUUAACAGACAAUUUAAACGAGGUGAAUUACUGCUCUUAGUGGAGUGAAGAAGACUAUUCGCUAAGUCAGAAACGGCAUCGUGUAGCCUUUUUAGUGUGUCCUUUCAGAAAGACUGUUUUUGAAGUGGAUAUCAACUAUUGAAUUAAGUAAUUAAAGCUGUACCGUGGUAAAAAUACUCUGAGCUCGAAACACAAAAUUAGCUCAGAGCACCCAGUGGCCAGAUUGUCACAUGCACACUGUGCUGUAAACCUAACAUUGGUGUUGCAUUAUGGUUAAAGUAACGCGAGUAAAUGGUUGCCAGGUAAUGUUAUUGUCACUACCAUCUCUGUUCUAUUAUCCAUAUCAUUGCCUGUCAGUGCACUUCCAUGGGACACCUCAUAAUCUGCUAAUAAGUCCAAUCUGAUUAAAUAGGUAACCCUAUCUGUCCCUGGAGAGAACCAUAGACAAUGUGGUGUUCUUAAUGCAAACACAGUAACACAGACCACGCUUUUAAGGUACUAGAAUUUAAUAAUUUGCAACAACUAUAUCUUUUGCAUGUACAUAUCUUCUUGGUAAGAUGUUUUCUGUUUGCCAAGGUCAUGAAGUUGCAACGCAGGUCUGAUAUAGCUUCUGAUGAUAAAUCAAAGUAUAUCUAACACUGUGUUGUCAGUAUGCUUGGGUAUGUAGAAAGAUAAUUCUGUAGAGUGUACAUACACUAUACUCCUAGUGUGGCAAUGUGCAUGAAAGUCAUGUGGCUCUUUUAGACACUUGCAUCAUACAGUGUGCCUAAUAACAAAACUGCAGCUAUUCACCUUUAUUUUGCAUACCAGGUGGCUUGACAUUGUUUUACUGUCAUGGUCAUGUGGCUCACCGAAUAAAAUGAACAUAACAUUGUUGGAGAGCCUGCACAGAUUGAAAUUAGAUAAAAGAAAUGUGAAAUGCUACAUCACUUUGAAGUUAUCCUCUUGAUGACUCACGUGUUAAAAUUUAUGUCUUGGCAAAUGAUUUUUGUGAGAUUGAGUACAUUCAUAUGUGCCAAAUGCCUUUCGGGGCAUUUGGUAAACGUUUGCGCAAACAAGUUGGGGUGUGUUAGUUACGCGAAUACAUACUGUUCCCCUAGUUGACCACUUCCAAUAUGAAGCUAACAGUUUGACACCAUUUCCUGUGAUGCGCUUUUAGAUGUUCCAAAGGCACACAUUCCUCAGUGUAUUACACCAUUAAAUGCUGCGUUUGCUAUGCGUUACACAAGGUGCUUGUAGUCCUGUGCCUUAGGUGUGUUGGAGUAAUAAUCGAGAGCCACAGAAUUCUGCGUGUUUGUUGAAGCAAAUGGCAUGACGAGUUGUGUUAAGGUAAGCGUACAAUUUCCUCGGUUCAGUGAUAUUGCACUUUAUUUCACAUUGAUGUGCAGUGUAGCGGUGAUGUGAGCAGGCUGCCUUGAAGCUAUUUUUUUUAAUGCCCCGCUACACAGGUAGGCUUCAACAGGAAAACGUUGCACUUCCUAUAUUGGACCUUGUUGCAUUUUGUAUUAUACACUUCACACUUCUGUAAUAUAUGAGUAACAGCCUACUGGUGGAUGAAGUAAUAUAUUUGGUUGAUGGUAAGCAACACUUGCCAUCAGUGUGUAGCCUCUAGCAGAUUUUAGUCCUCACUUAUGUAUAUACGUACAUGUAUAUUGGAAGUUUUAUAUGAAGAGUUAUAGAAAUGCUGGCCUGUAAACCUUCUUUGCGAGCUUCGAUAAUGAUGAUUCUGUAUAUUUUUAGUAUGUGGUUACCUUUCUUUUUGUUUGAUGAUGUUGCUCAAUACACAUUAGUCAAGAUGACUUGGACUCCCAGCAUAAUAAAAGAAAAUGUGGCUAGACCUGUCCACGGAGUUAUGAAACUGA